AGAAGAAACUUGCGUCGUAGCGAAGACUGGCCUCUAAACACUUGCCGACACAAACAGCAAGCAAAAACGAACGCGGACGGACAGCUUACUUGCAACAUCAACGAUGAGCACGCCAUUUGCGGCCAGUGAGUGGGGCACGAGCCCGCCUUUUAGGCUGGGCACAACACCACGGUUGAGUGCGGCGACAUCCGCGGUCAGCAAAGGCAGCAGCGGGGCGCACCGCGGCAGUCAAAACGGGGCUGCGGCGACGUGGAACGGCAGCACCGACGCCUUUGACGCGAUUCCAUACGCCGCGGAUGCCUUAAAGAAAUCGCAAAACGACAACAAUGGCGCUCUUGUGGCAUGCGCCGCCGGGACGGGGUAUGAUGGGGCGCUCGUCAAGCCAACUCCCAUGACCACGAUGGCGGUAGCGGUCACCUACCCCUCCGCAGAGCUCCGCCAGAGCACCUUCUCCGGCCUCUACGACGAUGUGGAUUUCCCAGUGCACACCCUUUUUACACCUCCGCGGCCACCGGGAGAACUGCUACCACGCGCGCGGCGGCCCAACCGGAACAAGGCACUGAUCUACGCCACCGACAUCUCCCGCGCCGGCGCCCGCGAGCACAACGCCCAGCGCGAGGUCAGCCGCGUCUGGCGUGGCGUCCUGUGCCGCCGGCGACUGCGGCUGGCCCGCGAGCUGGAAAACUCGCUGAAUGGGAAGGCUCGCAUGAUCCAGUGCUGGUGGCGCAGUCUGCAGGCGAAGUGGCGGUUCCGACAGCUUUCCUCCAUCCGCAGCGGGUGGGCGAAGGAGCGGAUGGCGCGGUACGUGGGGGAGCGGGUGCUGAACACCACGAACGUCAUUUACUGGCAGCACAGCAAGUACGAGGGGGCGGCGCUGCGCAUCCAGCGUGUUCUGCGGUGGUACCUGCGGGAGAAGGAGCGCCGACGGUGUGCGGAGGCGAAGCUGCCGGAGUCGGCGUGGCCCUCCGCGCUCGUGAAGCCGACCGCGGAGCAUCCCCGCCCGUACUUUCCCUGGCGUCGCACGCAAUCCGCGUCGGCCAAAGCGGCGGCGGGUGCGUUGGUGGAGGCGGGAUCGACCGACGCUGACGGCGCCGUCGCGGUUUGCACCGCGUCGCCCGCGCGUCGCACUCUCCUGCAAUUCCGCGACACCCCGCUGGAGGUGCUGCCCCCGCCACAAGAAGAGGUGGAGCGGAUCAACGCGAAGAUGCGCGAGAGGCAGGCGCAGCGUGCGGCAGCCCUGCAGACGCCGGAGGCGAUGUCUCGCAGGGCGUGGAAGACGGAAGGGAUGCGGCAGGAAGACUUGGAUUUCAACGCCGGCGUCGUGCAGCGGCUCUACCGCACGAAGCGGGUGCCGGAGACGGUGCACACGAAGGAGCUGACGGCGGCGUACUUCAACAAGACGGCUCGCGUGAUUGCCCGCACGUUCCGCAUGUACGUCCUCAUCAAACGCAUGCGGGCGCAUCGCGAGGCCACGGCGGCGGCAGUGCAGGCGAAGAUAGCGCAGCGGAGUGCCGCGAAGAUUGAGGAGCUGAAGACGGAGGCGGUGUGGCAGAAGGACCUAAUGGACGCUGCGGCGACAUCGAUUCAGCGUUGUUGGACGUGGUACCGCUACCGCCAUGACAGGAUCGUGCCAGCCGCGUACCGUUCCACAAACACGGUCCCCGCUCCCCCGUGUUACGGCCUUAUAGAGGCGCACAUGGGGCGUGAGCACGCGCUGCGGUGGUCAACGAUGAACUUGCUAGAGAAGCGCGAAUACGAGGAGCAGCGGCAGCACAGGUUUCUCCGUUACACACCGAAGACGGUGGAGCGGUACGAGCACGGGGGCUUUUUUGUUGUGCAAACGCCAUCCGAGGCUCUCGUCGAAGAUGAGGCGGAGUUGUGA